CUCAACUUUUGAAGUUCUCGGAUUACGCGGAGUUGGAAUUUGAAAUUCCUUUCAAGUUUGAACUUUGACGAGAGUCGAGAAGUACGUUCAACGUUGCUGUCUGUUGAAGACUAUCUGCCGAAUUGCAAAUUAGAUUUCUGCUGUAUUUCUUCGUUUUCAACUAAUCAGAUAAAAUGUCUACAUUAAAGUAUGAAAACGUCUGGACUGACAAAAAUGUUUACAGUGAUGCUGAAAAAAAUUAUUACGAGUCUUUGAACAAGAGUCAAAAUGCACAUAUGGUCGCAGGGUCCUCACUAGCAAGUGAAGUAGCUAAAGCAAGACAGCGAAUUAAAGACUCAAUUGAAUGUAUGGAUAGCAUUGUGACACUGGCCGGAGUGCCUAACACAGAAGUCAAUAACAAACUGAAGCAAAUUGAACAAGAAAAUGGUGAUCUAAAGAAGGCACUUGACGAUUUACGGAAGUUAGUGAUCAGUCUACAAACAAGGGUUGAGACAUUAGAAGCUGCAGGAACGUCAAAGAGCUCGACAUCUAAACCUGCAGUCCAGAUAAAAAAGGAUGACCAGGAAUCAGACGAUGGUGUAGAUUUAUUCGGCUCUGACGAUGAUGAAGAAGAAACUGCUGAAGCUGCAAAAUUGAGAGAAGAAAGACUUGCUGCAUAUAAUGCAAAAAAAGCUAAAAAACCAGUUUUAAUAGCAAAAUCAAAUAUUAUCUUGGAUGUGAAGCCGUGGGACGAUGAGACUGAUAUGGCAGAGUUAGAGAAAUCAGUCCGAGCUAUCAAUACAGACGGUCUUCUUUGGGGUGCAGCUAAACUUGUACCCUUGGCUUAUGGAAUACGUAAACUGCAAAUUUCUUGUGUAGUAGAAGAUGAUAAGGUCUCGAUUGACUGGCUCACUGAAGAAAUUGAGAAAAUUGAAGACUUUGUACAAAGUGUUGAUAUAGCUGCUUUCAAUAAAGUUUAAAUUGUUCAACAUUUAUAAAUAUAAAGAAUUUAUUUUUUCAUAUAAAAGACAUUGUUAAUUUAAUAAUAAAUUGUUGGAAUGCAUGAUAUAAAGAUUUUUGUAAUUGUCAUUUGAAUAAAGAAUAUAUUCUUGGACCCA